AUGUUGUUUGUCGCCAUCCUCUCCGUUGCCGCCGUGGCGGUGUCCGCGGCGCCGCUUGAGGGCCGGGCCGAGACGGUCGUCCUGCCGUUGAAGAAGCACGCCAACGUCACAUCGAUCAACAACAUUGUCCAGAAGGGUCGGGCCCGCAUCAGCGCGAUCAACAGCGACCAGUCCGCCCCUGCUGCCCGCGCCGUCGCCGUCAGCUCUGGCACCGUCACUAACGAGGACGUGAGCUACGUCGCCCCGGUUUCGAUUGGUGGCAAGACCUAUGAUCUGAUCGUCGACACUGGAUCUUCAAACACCUGGUGCGGUGCUCAAAGCGCCUGUGAGAAGAGUUCGACUGGCAAGUCUACUGGAGGCUCAGUCUCGGUCAGCUACGGCAGCGGCUCGUUCUCUGGUACCGAGUACACGGACACGGUCAGCUUUGGUGGUCUCACUGUCUCGUCCCAGUCGAUCGGCGCCGCUUCCACCUCCACGGGCUUUUCUGGCGUAGACGGCAUCAUCGGUUUCGGCCCUGUUGGUCUUACUCAGGGCACUGUCUCCAAUGCCAACACAGUCCCAACAUUCCUGGACAACCUCAAGAGCCAGGGCUCAAUCUCGACAGAAGUCCUCGGUGUCUCCUUCAGGCCGGAGUCCGGAAGCGAUACCGACGAUGCGAACGGAGAGCUGACCCUCGGUGGCGUCGAUUCGUCCAAGUACUCCGGCACGCUCACCUACUUCCCCAAGCUUACGAGCGGCACUGCCUCGGCGUACUGGGGUAUCUCAAUCGCCAGCUUCACGUACGGCUCGACGACACUCGGGUCCAGUGCCUCUGGCAUCGUCGACACAGGAACCACGCUGAUCUACGUCCCGAGCUCGGCCUACUCGGCGUUCCUCUCCGCCACCGGCGGCUCGACCGACAGCUCAUCUGGACUGGCUGUCUUCAGCAAAAAGCCGACUGCGAACUUCGCCAUCAAGUUUGGGUCGACGACUUACACCCUUACGCCGGCGCAGUACCUGGUCCCAACCGCCCAGUACAGUGUCUUCGGCCUCAGCUCCAGCAAGUACUAUGCCUGGAUCAACGACGGUGGCAGCUCGGGUGUAAACACUAUCAUCGGCCAGAAGUUCUUGGAGAAUUACUAUUCCGUCUACGAUACUACUAACUCGCGUAUCGGCUUCGCCACUGCUGUCUAA